CUCUCCCCUUUUUUCUUCUCAAUCUCAAAUGGGAAUUAACAUAAUCCACACCAUCUUCUUCUUUUCCCUUCUAAUAUUUUCUUCCCCAAUAACUUGCCUGGACAUUGAUUUAGGCAUUGAUCUGGGCCCAAUAUUAUCGCCGCUUCCACUAAUCCCCGACCUCCUAAACUUCGCAGACCAAAGACUAGCCAUAAUCUACCCAAUAAUCCAGACCUUCAAGAACAUCAUAACCUCGGACCCUUUAGGAAUCACCAAAACCUGGGUCGGCUCCGAUUUGUGCAAGUACGCUGGCUUCUACUGCGGCACCCCGCCCGACAAUGACACCGCCACCGUCAUCGCCUCAAUCGACUUCAACGGCUUCGGUCUCUCCGCCCCGACUCUCGACGGCUUCCUUGACCAACUCCCCGACUUAGCAAUCUUCCAUGCGAAUUCCAACAACUUCACCGGCACAAUCUCUCCGAAAAUCGCCAACCUCCGGUACCUCUUCGAACUCGAUUUAAGCAACAACAACCUCGUCGGAACAUUUCCUACGGCGGUCCUAUCAAUGACGAGCCUAUCUUUCCUUGACAUCCGCUUCAACUCGUUUGCCGGAGUCGUCCCUCCACAUAUCUUCAUGCAAACCCUAGACUUUCUCUUCCUAAACGACAACAACUUUGCCCAAACGCUGCCACAAACCAUAGGCUCCACUUCGGCGGCGUACCUUACAUUGGCCAACAACAUGUUCACCGGACCGAUCCCACGGAGCAUCGGAAACGCUAACUCAACACUACGAGAAAUCUUGUUGCUCAACAAUCUGUUGACGGGUUGUCUUCCUUACGAAUUAGGGUUACUAAAAGAGGCGGUCGUUUUCGACGCCGGGAACAACCUCUUGACCGGGCCUUUGCCGUGUUCUCUGGGGUGUUUGAGGAAAAUCGAGGUGCUGAACUUCGCCGGAAACUUGCUGUACGGGAAGAUCCCGGAGCAGAUCUGCGCGGUGGGGAGUUUGGUGAACUUUUCGCUCUUCGAUAACUAUUUCACGUCGGUCGGGCCGGAGUGCAGGAAGAUGAUAAAAAGCCGGGUUCUUGACGUGAGGAAGAAUUGCAUUCGGGGUCUUCCUGAGCAAAGAUCGGCGGAGGAAUGCGCUUCGUUCUUUUUGAAGCCCAGAAGUUGUUCGCAUCCUUCUUCGUUUACUUUUAUGCCUUGUGAGGUUCAGCCUUCGAGUGAGAGUGACGGUGAUCCCCCUGUGCGACGUCGUACCAAGAGGAAGUUGGUUUCUUAUGCUGCUCUUUCCAGGCAUAGGCUUAUGUUAUGAUAUGUAUAGGUAAUUUGAUUUUACAUGGAUACUUAUAUUAUGCAGUUUUUUUUUUUUUUUUUGCUAAUAUUAUAUAUUGUGCACUUUCAUCAAGUUAUAUAUGCAUUGAUCAGGGAAAUUAAGGGAAGUUUUGAUUGAAGACGUACGUGCCACUAAUUAAUUCCACGCCUAAGAAAGUGUGGAUGAUGAUGAAUAAGAUAUAUAUAUAUAUAUAUACAUAUAUAUAUGACGAUUCCAUGUUUAAGGAUGGAAUUACUAUAUGUAAAAUGUAAUUUAUAGUUGAUCAAAGAAAAGUAUUAACCUUCCUUCGGGAUUAAA